AUGAUUGAAAGAAGUAUAAUUAGGCUUUGUAAAGAUCUAGGGUGUUGUGAUGCCUGCUGUGUACGAUAUCUAGGAUUAAAAAAUCCGAGUUCAUACGAAAAUGUCCAUCAGUUUGUUCAAAAAUAUCUUGACAAAGACUCAAACAGCCAGUCACAAACCUUAGGAAAUGAGGGACAUGCUGACCCCGACCCUAACUUAUUGAAAGAGACUAGUGCAGAUCGAGAUAAUAGUCCAGUUGAUAUUAAUACUGCUCAACCCAAUAAUGGUGCAUCUGAAAGUCAAACAAUCGAUACAAAAACUGAAGUUGAUGUCGGGACAUCUAGUAUACCUCCAGCCAAGAGAAUGAAAAUGGAUGACGUGUGUGUCACCUGCCUUGGAAUUCUACAGGAGAAGACAUGGCCUGAAGCCUUCUCUAUGGUGCAAGACGUGUUGGAAAAAAAACGGUAUGAGUGUGAAACAAUAGCGUGUGCAUUGUCGUCACCUAUUGCUGCGAUUCUACGCGAGAGAGCGGUCUCGUUGCAUCUAGAGCAGGCCUGUCCCGGUUACGAGCAAAAAUCACUGAUGCCCCUGAAAGAGGCGUGGAAAUGGUUAUUCGGGCGAAAGCUAGCGGAUAUCGUCGGCAAGAGGCUCGAUUCCGGCGCCGUGGCGCCGCUGCUCGUCACGCUCAACGUCGAGUACCCGGACGACGGACAGGAGCUGGAGGUGGUGAGGGCGCUGGCGCCGGCGCUGUUCGAGUCGCGCAGCAAGCAGCGGCGGCGCUUCUCCGUGGAGUUCACGCGCCGCUCCGUGGAGCAGGCGCUGGGCGGCGCCACGGCGGGCGCGAUGGCGGCGGCGGGCUGGCGCGCCCCCCCCCGCCCCGCGGCCCGCGCGCGCGCCGUGAGCGCGGCGGCCUGGCACGCGCCGCUGUUGCUGGGCGGGCGCUACGUCAAGCUCAGCCGCGCGCUGCCGCAGACGCCGUGGCUGGUGGCGGGGCGCCGCAUGAUGCACUCGUCGGUGCAGGAGAUCAUCUUCGAGCCCGUCGCGGCCGCUUACGGGUUGUCGCCGGAGGAGGGCGAGCAGAGGCUCAAGUUGAUAUCGGCGGGCCGCGAGGACGUCGACGUGCGCUGCCUGGGCACCGGCCGCCCCUUCGCGUUGGAGAUCGCGGACCCUCGCCGGACGCCCGACGCCGAGGAGCUGCAGCGCGUGUGCGAGCGUAUCUCCGCCGAGCGCAAGGUCAUCGUUCGUACUCUAAUGCCCAUCACCAGGGAGGACCUGACGCUGCUGAAGCAGGGCGAGCAGACGAAGUGCAAGACGUACGAGGCGCUGUGCGUGAAGCUGGGCGCGGACGGCGCGCCGGCGGUCGUGACGCCGCUCGACCUCGCCAACAUCAACGCGUACCGCAACACGCCUGAGGGCGACGCGGCGCGCGUGCGACUGCUGCAGCGCACGCCGCUGCGCGUGCUGCACCGCCGCCCGCUGCACGCGCGCCGCCGCGCGCUGCUGGCGCUGCACGCGCGCGCCGUGCCGCGCCGCCCCGCGCUGUUCGCGCUGCGCGUGCGCGCCGAGGCGGGCACGUACGUCAAGGAGUGGGCGCACGGCGAGCUGCGCCGCACGCGCCCGGCGCUGGCCGACGCGCUGGGCGCGCGCGCGGACAUCCUCGCGCUCGACGUGGCCGACGUGGACCUGCCGUGGCCGCCGAACCAGUAA